GACAACGUUGACGCGCGCUUGUGCACGGUGGUAAUAAAUCGUUCCAGCUCCAGGAUCCGUUUGGAUGUGUUUCCGGUUACUCGAUCGAACCUGUUACUGUGUUGGCAUCGUGCGGCGAGUGAUGAAUGUGGUUUAAACUGAGCGGUGCUUAUCGGUGGCAAAGUGGAGUCAUGAUUAAGUUUACGCACCCUCGUUGAUCUUCACCGCGAGCAUAAGUACUGAACAUGGUGCGAUACCGUACACAGCCCCGAUUCCGACUCAUCUGGUGGAUUUGGUGUGCUGUUUGCGCCUCUUACCUGCCGAACGCCAGCGGUGCCGUCUCGGAAACGGUGUGUGGCCGGGCUGGACAACUGCUGGGCAAUUGCUUCCGUAAUUUCACUCCCUCCGUUGCCGUGGAAGCGCUGCAUGCGGUCAAAAUUCCCGACUCGCUGGAAGAAAUCAGCAACCGGUGUCUGAUCUUCAACCGUGGAAUGGAAUGCGUCCGCCAGUAUCUGAAGGAGUGUGUGAACGCACGGCAGCGGAAAAUAAUUGAAAACGAAGUGUACGGCGCCCAAAAGUUGUACGAAUUUCUGUGCUACGACCAGGCCUUCCAGCGAGAGUUUUUGCGCCACAAGAGCUGCUUCCAGCUGGUCCAUCCCGAGUGGGAUCUCUGCUCGAGCCAGUUUAUCGGUGUGCUGAAGGAGGAAAUGGUUCGCACCACCAAACAGUCCAUAAACGUCCAGUACAUACAGUUCUGCUGUGCCCGCUAUGCGUACGAAAACUGUGUGUACAGCAGUGCCCGGUUCAUCUGCAAACCGGAUUCGGCCAUGUUUUUGCGCCGGAUCGCCAAGCUGCUGUCGACCGAUAAGCACUUUCUCAACUGUGAUAAGAUUGAAAAUGAGCUUUGCUCCGGUGCGGUGCGACAGCUGCCGGCCAGGAUCUCUUCCGGGCGCCUCACGUUGCUUGGUUCGCUGGUCCUGCUGGGGACGAUAGGGCGCCACUUUGCGGUGCGGUAGUUGCUGCUGGAGAACGACGGACUGUGGCGCGACAGGGAGGUUGUGUGGUUUUUUACAUGGCGUUGUUAUCUUUAUAGAUGUGUAGUAUUUAAUAUUCCAUUCAUAAUGGACUGAUCAGCUAAAUAAAUGUACAUGUUAUGUGUCA